GUCUCAUAACAACCUCUAACAACCUCUAGACCAAGGCUAGUCAAGGCUCUGCAGUACUAGUCAGGCCGUAGCUUACACAGCUUAAAGACGCUUUGUAGCCUAGGCCGACGUUAAUCGCGAUUUGUUCGGUUAAGUAUUGCCAUACUGAUAAAUAGAAAUCUUAUCAUACGAUUCCUGAGCUUCUCACUUUCCACCUCUUGUCUUCAACCAACAAUGUCCACCUUUGGAUCCCUUUUCCGCGUAACUACCUACGGUGAGAGCCAUUGCGCCUCUGUAGGUGCGAUCAUCGAUGGAUGUCCUCCUGGGCUGGAGUUAUCUCCACAAGACAUUCAGGUGCAACUGAGUCGCAGAAGACCAGGACAGAGCAAUCUUACCACACCUAGAGACGAGAAGGACCUUGUGCAUGUGCAAUCUGGCAUCGAGCAAGGUGUCACCCUUGGAACUCCUAUAGGUCUCCUCGUAAAGAAUGAGGAUCAACGACCAAAGGAUUAUUCUGAGACCGAUUUAUACCCUCGCCCGAGUCACGCAGAUUACACUUAUCUCGAAAAAUAUGGUGUGAAAGCUAGUAGUGGAGGUGGACGUAGCAGCGCACGUGAAACUAUUGGUCGUGUUGCAGCGGGUGCUAUCGCCGAGAAAUACCUCAAACAGGUGUUUGGCAUUGAGAUCGUCGCAUUUGUCAGUUCAGUUGGCAAGAUCCAUCUGCCGUCCAAUAUAGCAGCACCGUCCCUCACGCCAGUGGACGGGGACGAGGACAACGAUGACGUGGCGGACGCGUUAACUCCCGAGUUUAGACAGUUACUAGCUACGAUUACCCGAGAAGAGGUUGACAAGCAUCCCACACGCUGCCCUCAUCUAGGAACUGCAGAGCGGAUGACGAAGCGCAUCAUCCGCGCUAAAGAGUCUAUGGACUCUAUUGGUGGGACAGUGACGUGCGUCAUUCGCAAUGUCCCGUCAGGUCUCGGAGAGCCAGUUUUCGACAAAUUCGAAGCGAAACUUGCGCAAGCUAUGAUGUCAAUUCCUGCCACGAAAGCUUUCGAGGUCGGCUCGGGUUUCAAAGGAACCGAGGUUCCCGGAAGCAAGCACAAUGACGCUUUUAUCAUAAAAGAUGGUAAACUCGGCACUUCCACUAACUGGAGUGGUGGUAUCCAGGGAGGUAUCACCAAUGGCGAAGACAUUUACUUCAGAAUCGGAUUCAAAUCACCUGCGACCAUAUCGCAAGCACAACACACCGCACAGUACGAUGGUACACAAGGAACACUUGCUGCUCGCGGGCGUCACGACCCUUGUGUUGUCCCUCGUGCUGUUCCCAUCGUUGAGACCAUGGCUGCCAUUGUCGUUAUGGACCAGCUACUCAUUCAAAACGCACGCAAGACCGCCGCUGGGCUGCUCCCUCCUAUCACAACGCUCCCACCCACCAUGGUGAUGCCAUCGCAUUGAUAAUAGAAUGAGGAUUUUGAUAGAGGAUAUAGACCAUUUUCUUGCAACAGAAUAUAUUGGAUAUAAUGUGAUGCUAGUAUACAAAGGUAGUUGGACCAACGUAGCGUGAAAGCAAAGGGUCACCAGCAAGGUCACCACGC